UAUUUUUUAUUACUAUUUACAUGCUUAUAUCAUACAUGUAUUAUGUUGCUCAUGUUUUUAGUUAUUGUAGUGCAGAUAGUUAACCUGGCGGUCACAUGAUAACCUAUAAUAGAAUAUAAUAACUGAAUAGUAUUUCUUAUGAUUGUGGAUUAUAAAGAGAAUGCUAUACUGUUGAUGAGAACUUUAGCCUGUUAGGAUGAUGAUGGACCACAUAACAUAUUGUACCACCAUUUUUUUACACUCCAACCAUACUUGUCCUGCGGAUGAGGGUGAUGGACCAUGUAACAUAUUGCAGAUGAGAAAGUUUACACUACCUUUGAUAGUCAUGCACAUGCACAUGUUGGAGUGUAGGUGAGUCCCACUCUACCACAGAAUGGGAGAGUGUAGGGGUUCAUGCCCAUUGGAUGGACCCGACUCACUCAAUGAUUGGAAAGUAGUAAUUUAAUAUGGGGUAUUUUUUGUAGCUAGUAGAUUUUUUUUUUUUGCAAUUUUUUGCAUAGUAAUAUUUUAUUGGUUACCUUAUAAUUAUUCGCCAUAUUUCUUGAGUUGCUCAAUUUUCUAUACUAACCUUUUCCUUUGUUACUCCAAAAAUACAAGUGGAAGUUAUUUUGGGUUGGUUAAAGAUUUGGCCAUGGGUAAAUGUAGGUUUUGAGGAUAUUUUACAAUGUAUUUCAUAGCUUUUGUGCUUUAUAUUUUCCAUCAUUAGUUUAUUGCUUACCAAUGUGUUUAGAAUUUUUUUGCAUGUAUCAAUUUUUAUGCCACCUUUAUCCUGUUGCUAGUGUGUCAUAACUUUUCUUUAAUGUUCAUCAAUCUGUUCAUUUAUUGUUUAUUUAAGACCUUUAAUUAAUUAUGCAAAGGUCAUUUUCUUUUGGUUCUUCUUUAUAAAGGGUUAAAAACAAUUUAUUAAACCAUUAUAUGUGAUUCUUUUCAAUUAGUUGGUUGGCCAAGUAGGUACUGGGGUAAUUGUUGUGUGGCCAUACCUACAGCCAUGGAGAUCAACUUUGGGCAUGAUAUAUUGGCAAUCAAUCAAGUACCAAUUCUCAUGUUGUGCAGUUGAGCUAGCUAGAGGCCUAUUGCAAUUAAGUAACCAACUAAAUCCCUAAAUUAGUUUAGAUUAUAAGCAAAGCUAGCGGAAUGUGUAUCAUUGUGCAGUGUGUUAAAAGAAAUGUUAAGCUUUAAUCAUGUUAGAAUAGUCUAAAUAGCAUAUUAAGUUAUGUAUAUUUCACGAAAUUUAUCACUAUAAAGAAAGAAAUAACAGCUAGCAAUUAAUAUUACUAAACAUGCAACACACUAUUUAUAGCAAAUAAUAAGCAGUAACAUAUUUGCAUGCCAUAGUGUAUAUGUACAAAAGAAACAAGAGUUGAUAUAGAAAAACAAGAUAAACAACUAAAAGCAAAAGAUCUAACAGUUCUUCCUCUGUCAACUAUAAUUUCCAACGAAGGUCCCCUUACAUACCCACAAAGCACCACAACUUGAGUUUAUUCAUGUCCAAUUAAGGUAUAAUACUUAGCAUGGUAGCAACCAAGAACCCUGUACAUUCUAUUAUAGUUUUGCUUUAGAAUUCAUCAAUUUAGUUUAUUCAUAUCCAAUAAGUCUUGAAACUAUAUCAGCAUGGACAGACUACUGAUAUUAUAUCAUUUUAGUUUUUAAAAUACUGAAAUUCAAACUUGCUAGCACCACAACCACUGGCAUCCAAAUAAUGACUCUUAGAUCCCUACUCUUCAUUUUAGGCAGUAGCUGUACGGUUUGAAAUUGCCAAGAUUCUACCUAUAACACUUCGCAAUUACCUCUAAGAUUUAUAGAGCUAUGCUCUAAUAUUUCAUUUAUAAUCAUUUUGUUUGUCUAUGCUAUGGAUUUCAUCCAUUCAGUUUUAAUUACCUUUUAUCAUUAAACCAAGGUAAUAUAUUUUUGGAUGGGAUUGACAACAUGGAGGGAUGUGUGGUGAUAGAUCGAACUAUUUCUAGAUCUGGUCUCCAUCAAGUUUUUCCCCACUUUGUAGGUUCUCCUCAAUGCAAAAUAUUCUUGCAAUUGUAUCUAUGUAAAAGGAAAAAUACACAAGCACAAUUUUAACAAUGAUUCACCCUCUAAACCACUACGAUAGCAGCACUAGUGUUGAAGGAUGACUCUAAUAGUGAGAGUAAGGAUUCUACCUCUUUUGCAUGUUUGAGGACAUUGCCACUAGUACAAGGCCAUUAUUUGUUUGCUAAUAGCACAUGAAUUAUUGUCCAAAUUGAAGAGAAUACCAGUGUUAAGACUAGUCCAACAUAUAAGAAAACUCAGGGUCUUACUGUUGGAUAACUUGCAAGGUUGCUACAAUAGAUGCAGACACAAUAAGGCAGGAACCUGAUGGAUCUUUUAUUCAGUGUUGUCAAAAUCAAGAGUUUAGGUAAAAUCGUUAGAGCAGUCAUAAAAUCGGAUCGUAAAAUCGAAUCGUAAAAUCGCAAGAUUUUAUAUCAUUCUUUAAAUCAAUUUUAAAAGAAACAUGAUAUAUUCUUUUUAAUUGAUCAUUAAAUAUUUUAAUCCAAAUUAUAACAUAAAUUUACAUAUAGAACAUUUUAAUUCAUAUAAUCAUAAACUACUCAUAAUUUUAAACUUUUAAACAACCAAAUACUUGCCAUGAAAACACAAUAUAAACAUAAAUUCAAGUCUAAAGCUUAAGUCCAAAGAUAAAUAAAACACAAGAUAACAAAUUAAUAUAAAUCAUUAAUAGACAAGUGCAAAUCUAAAAUAAUCCCAAAAUGAUAUCGUUUUGUCCAAAAUGGUUCCUUUUUAUUAAUGACACAAAAUCGAUAAAAUUAUCUCAAAAAUCAUGUUUUUUACAAGUUUAAAUGCGAUUUUACGAUUUUGAUCCGAUUUUACUUUAAUACACGAUGUUAUCACGAUUUCACUCGAUUUUCAUAAGUAAACUCGUGAUUUUGUAUGAGUUUAUGAGUCAACUCACGAUUUUGAUAACAUUGCUUUUAUUGGCUACCUAAUAAUGAAGGUAUACAUGACUUGUUAGAAAACCUUCUAGUUGUUUUAAAGAUUAUGACAUCCAUAAGGCUUAGCUGACAAUCAACAGAUUUGACUUGAUUUUGUGUCACACAUCCAUAAGAAGCACUCAUUUAUUUUGGGUCAGUGAUAGAGAAAAAUGAGGCCCGAUUGUGCAGGAGAAAAGCAGGGCUUGGUUUCACUCACUGCUUAUGGAGAAAUGCAAGUUAACUAUGAUUUGACUUGGAUCAGGUGAAAAGAGGUGCUCAUAGUUGCAAGGAUGACUCAGGGAGUACUUGUGUGAUGAGGAAAUGUUGGCAAAUGGAAUUGGAGAGCAAUCCAAGGAUUUAGAAGAUGAACUUGGGUGAGGAGUGCCUUGCUAUUUAAAGGAGGGGAUUGCCUUUCUACACCCAUUGGUUGAGUCCUAUAAAUCUGUAAAAACAUAGUUAGUCUCCUUUCUUUGAGUUGGUGGUGUGUGACACAAAUGUGGGAGAGAGCAGUUGUGGCUGCUCACCUUAGUGGGAGGACUAAUUCCUCUUUGCUUAUGUGAGAAUUAGGAUGGGACGAAGAUAAAUUGGGUAAUGAGUUUUGAUCUUGAGAUUGGACUAUUAGGUCAGGUUUUGUAAAUGGUGUAAUUGCGAGUGAAUAAGUGAUAGUUUAGUUAGUUGAGAAUUGAGUUUUAGCCACCUAUAUAGUUUACUAUCUGGCUUGAUUUGUGUCAUACUAGGCCACUUCUAAUCCAUGAGAGACCCAAAUAAUAAGCUUUUAUUUUAUAUGUAGAUUUAACAACCAUUUUCAUUAAAUUAUAUUUUUUAUAACUAUUUACAGAUAACUAUUUACAGUUGGCAAUAUGGAUCUUAUAACUCCAAUAAGCUUUGUUAAAUAAAAAUAAUAUCAUUAGUAAUAUUAAAAUUAAUUAAACUAUUUUUUAUUUAUUAAUAUUUUCUUUGGUCAUUCACACUCUAUUACACCUUCCACUCUAAUAAAUUAACUCAUUUAAAUAUAUUAUCUAUCGACCAAUUUUUACUAUGCCUAUUAUUUUUAGCAAUUCCACCCACCUAUCUUAGUGUAUCAUCUCUUUUACAUUAACCCAAUAACUCAACAUUUAUUUAUAAAUUAUGGCAAGUUGUGCCAUAGCCUAUAAUUUUCCUUUUAGCCUAAGGGGAUCAUGACAAUUAUCUAACAUUAUAUAUUUUCCUCUCUAUUUUGACUCCCCAAUCAUUUUCUUAUUAUUUAUAUUUUGAUCAAUAUCUUUUUCUUGUUGGAUUAUAUAUUUGAGAUACCUAAAACUAUUAUUGGCAAGACAUUAUCCAUCCAUAUAGACUCUUUUAUCAUUUUUUUUUCUGUUUUGAAACUACAUUUUUAUAUAUUUAUUUUUUAUUUGACUUAUUUUAAAUUCUUUAGAUAUUUUCUACCAUAACUCAAGAUUUAAAUUUAAUCUAAAUAGAAGAUUGAUUAUAUUAUAGUUGAUUAUAUCAUAGUUAACAUAAUGGGCCAAUACCUGUAUAGAUUGCUCGAGCAGUAGCGAUAUUUGUAAUGACUGAUUCAAUAAUUGUUUAGAAAUCGAUAUCUCACAAAAAUUGAGAAGUUUAUUAAAAAAUUAGAAAUUAUAAUUCAUUAGGUAGAAAUUAGUUAAAGAAUAUUAGAAAAUUAAUGAAAUCUAUUGAAAUUUAAUUGAAUUGAGAAUGAAAAUGAAAUAAAAAUUUGAUCAGAUACUGAUGAUUUUAGAAAAUUUGACUCAUCAAGCCUUCCCUUUAUUUAUUACUUGAUUCUUAGAGAACUUGCAUAGGAAGUAGGGAGGAAGGAGGGAGUCUUUGUUGCCCUUGUAAAUUGUUUAGUCUUGCCAUAGCUUGAGAUUCACCAGGGAUCAAGGGUCAGUUGUUGUCGCUAAUUAGACUUGACUCUAUCUCACUCAUUAUCACUCAAUACUCUCACUCUAUUGAGGUUAUUGUGAAUUGAGAUACUAUUGUGCAGCAAGAGAGAACACAAUAAUGCCUCAAUCAACAUAACAUGGAUCCUAAAAUCGUCCAACAAAAAAUCACUGUGAAUGUAACUAGGAACAUGAUUAAACCCUAUAGGAACACAAUAAUACCUCAAUCAACAUAACAUUUUCAGAGUGAAUAUUAAGAUCAAUUUGGGAAAACUUGUACUGAUUAAUAAAUUUAAAAAUUUGGAUUCUAUAAUUAGACUGAUUGAUUCGAUUAAAUUGUAAUGAGUAAAGGAUAACCGACAGAACACAAUAGAGGGAUAUAAUCCAUAUAACAAUCUUCAAAUUGUGGCGAACAAUUUGAGGAUCAUGAUGAAUAGUACACCUUAAGGAAGAGAGGUGUCUGUCAUCUUGAUUGGACAGAAUAUUUGUCUUAAUCGUCAGUGUGGAAGAACUAACAAUCAGGCUAGUCUGUUGCCAUCUUGUUUUUAUGACAUUGUUGGUGGUUCUAACCAUUUGAUUGGGUAAUUGAGAGGAAGUUGAGAAUAUUGUAGGAAUCUCCAGAGAAAUGGAGAUUUCUUGGAUGUUUGUUCUAUAAAUAAUGGUUUCACUUGUGUUGGAUCUCUUGAAUUGUUGAGUAUUGUUCUGAAAAUAGAUGUUCUUUCUUUCUUGGAAUUCAAGCAUGAAGGAUACCCUAUAUUGGAAUAUAAUCUCUGGUGAUUCCAUGGUUUGAUUAUUUAUCUUUUUUACACGGAUAUUGAUAACUGACAAAGUUUGUUUCAGGAUGUCGAUGUUGGAAUUUCGAGCUGGGAAAAUGUUUCUUGAUGGCACUCGAGUGAUACCAGACACUCGGAGGGGUCUUGUACGCAUAGGAAGAGGUGAGGAAGGGCUAGUUCACUUCCAGUGGCUUGAUCGGACGCAAAAUAUUGUUGAAGAUGAUCAGAUUAUUUUUCCAGAUGAAGCAAUUUUUGAGAAGGUGUCUCAAUCAUCAGACAGGGUGUACAUUCUGAGGUUUAAUUCUGAUAGUAGGAAGUUUUUCUUUUGGAUGCAGGAGCCAAGAGCCGACGAGGAUUCGCAGAUCUGCACCUCUGUUAAUUUCUACAUUAACCAACCUUUAGAUCUGAUGGCAGAAGAUGAGACUGAAGCUUCAGUACCACUGCAAAUGUCUGACACAGGGGAGGAUGAUUUUUCAUCCAGAGCUGGAAACCUUGUUGAUCAUAAUAUGGCCAGCGAGCUAGGUGGAGAAGUUACUUCUUCUGGUGGACCGGUGCGGUUGGAGGAUUUGCAGAGGAUUCUAAGAAGCAUCCAAACACCAGAUGCUGUUGAAGAUCCCGAUGCAGGAUUUGGCUUAGCUGAUAUUUUAAAGCCUGAUUUGAUCUUGCCUGUUGUCGAAACCUUGCCAGUUGAGCAACACUUUUCACAAUACUUGCCUGAGGGCUCAUGGACUCCUGCUGAUCUCAUGGAGCUGUUGCAGAGUCCACAAUUCCACCAGCAAGUAGACACAUUCACUCAUGUGAUUCGAACAGGGCAGAUAGAUCUUUCGCAAUUCGGAAUCAACCCGAGCAAAUACAAAUUUACCGUUCUCUCUUUCCUGGAGGCUCUGGAGGACUCCGUGACAAAAACAUCAGACACUGUCGGAGAAGAGACACAAAGGGAUGGUAGUCGUGAUGCCAUGGAUGAGAGCUGAAACCAUCAAUUUCAUUGCUGUUGAACAAGUUUCUCAUGUGCGGCUGUUUGGUAGUGGUCUGGGGAAUUCUUUUUCAGUUUGAUUCGACUAUUCAAUAGGGGAUUUGGCUGUAACAUUAUACCUAAUUUACAAACUUGGACUAGAUGCAUUCAUCAAUAAAUUAAUUUACUUGAGAUUCAGAUAAA